AUGUGGCCACAGUUUGGCCCCGUUUGUCGUACAAACACGUUAAUUUGUAGAACAACCUUGCUGGCCGGAGUUCUUUUCAAACGUCGCCAAGGAGCGGCUUUUCGCCGCUUGAGCAGCUGUAAAGCGCUGGUUUACAAGAACCAUGGAGACCCUUCCCAUGUCAUACAGUUAAAGAAUGUAGAUCUUCCUCCAGUGGGUCCAAAGGAUGUUCUGGUUAAAAUUCUGGCUGCUCCUAUCAACCCAUCUGACAUCAACAUGAUCCAAGGUACAUAUGCCAUCCUGCCGGAACUUCCAGCCAUUGGUGGCAAUGAGGGCUUGGCCCAAGUGGUGGAGGUGGGUGGAAAGGUCACAUCUGUCCAAGUAGGCGAUUGGGUCAUCCCGAGAGAUGCUGGUUUAGGAAUGUGGAGGACGGCAGCCGUGCUGGGUGAAGAUGACGUCAUUUCGGUGCCCAGUGACAUUCCAAUGUUAGCCGCCGCCACGCUUGGGGUUAACCCCUGCACUGCCUUCAGGAUGCUAGCUGAUUUUGAGCAACUCCAGCCAGGUGAUUCUGUGAUCCAGAACGCGGCCAACAGCGGAGUCGGGCAGGCGGUCAUUCAGAUUGCGGCGCCAAGGGGGAUAAACACCAUCAACGUCAUUCGGGACCGGCCGGAAUUCAGCCAGCUCAGCGAUAGGCUGAAGGCCCUCGGAGCAAGUCACGUGAUCAAGGAGGACGCACUACGGAAGCCUGAGAUGAAGGAACUCUUUAAGACAUGUCCGAAGCCCAAACUGGCUUUAAACGCAGUCGGAGGAAAAAGCGCCACCGAGCUGCUCCGUCACCUCCAGGUCGGAGGGUCCAUGGUGACCUACGGGGGGAUGUCCAAGCAGCCCGUCACGGUCCCUGUGAGCGCACUAAUAUUCAAGGACGUGAAAGUAUGCGGCUUCUGGGUGACGCAGUGGAAGAGACAACAGUCACACGAAGCAUUCCGAGCCAUGCUGGACGAGCUGUGCUCCCUCCUUCGCCAGGGAAAGCUUAGCGCACCCGCCUGCACGGAGGUGACGCUGAGCGACUACCGUCACGCUUUGGACGCCGCCAUGCGACCUUUCACCUCAGCCAAGCAGAUCCUGAUCACGUGA